AUGCAUAAUGAAAAGGUUAAAAAAAAUUGUGCAAUUUUGAAACGUAUGAUAGAUGGUGUGUGUUUUUUACACAAACAAGAAUUACCUUUUUGCGGUCAUGAUGAAUCUAGUGCAUCUAUCAACAGGGGUAAUUAUUUAGAACUCCUAGAAUUAAUUCAUCAGUAUGAUCCUAUUCUAGACAACCACUUAAAAGAGUCGACAGUGUUUCAAGGUACAUCAUCCGCAAUACAAAAUGACAUAAUUGCUUCUCUUGGUACAUUCAUCACCGACAGAUUCGAAGAGGAACUUGUUCAAGCUAAUUUAGGUAAUAAAAAGCCAAUGUAG